AUGGGGAAAGAAAAUCCAAAGGCCAAAGACCAGGCCACAAAUCGCCUCAAUCAAGUCUCCGCACAUAUAUCUAAACCAACCAAAUCCAAUUCUCUACCAGCCGACCACUCAGAUGUCCUAAACCAAAUAACAACCCUCCGCCAAAUAGCCAGAACCCCCAACCCCAAUCAAAGAGGCUACAUCCGACAAAAACAAGCUGGCAAACUCUGGGUCCGGGAACGAAUCAACAAACUCCUUGACGCAGACACUUUCCAAGAAAUAGGUUCCGUCUCUGGAACAGUGACAUGGCAGAAGACUGGGGCGCGGCGCGAAAAGCCCAUUUCUUUCGUUCCAAGCAAUAAUGUCCAGGGUGCUGGAUUGCUUGGUGGGAGGAAGGUUCUAUUAACAGCUGAUGACUUUAGUAUUCGGUCUGGACAUGCUGAUGGCGCAAGUACGGGGAAGACGGUUUAUGUUGAGAAACUUGCUAUUGCGCUGCGUGUGCCGGUUGUUAAGCUUGUGGAUGGGAGUUCUGGGGGUGGGAGUGUGACGACGAUCAAGAAGGAGGGGUGGAGUUAUCUUCCUCAUGUGGCGUCGUUUCCGUUUGUGAUUCAGCAGUUGAAUAUGGGGAUUCCGAAUUUGGGAGCUGUUGUUGGGCCGGCGAUCGGGCUUGGUGCUGCCAGGGUUGUAUCGUGUCACUUUUCGGUAAUGGCUGCUGAUAUUGGGGCAUUGUUCAAUGCUGGACCUAAGGUUGUGGAGGGUGCCACAUUUGAAGAAGAUCUUGGUUUCCAGGAUCUGGGUGGUCCAAUGGUCCAUUGUACCAAUGGGACUAUUGAUAACCUUGCUGCGAAUGAGGCCGAGUGCUACGAGCAGCUUCGCACGGUUUUGGGCUAUUUGCCUAAUAGUGGGAGUGAGGCACCACCGGUGAUUUCGUGUACGGACCCGGAGGAUCGAGAGGAUAUUGCUUUGCGGAGUAUUAUCCCCCGACGACAGGCGCGCAUGUAUAAUGCGCUUUCGAUCAUUUUGUCUGUUGUUGACAAAGGUUCUUGGUUCGAGAUUGGUGCGCUCUGGGGUCGGACUGCGAUUGGUGGCCUGGCACGACUAGGUGGUCGACCUGUUGGGAUUAUCUCGCUGAACUGUGAAGUGAAUGGAGGCGCGUUGGAUGCGGCCGGGAGUCAGAAAUUGACUAGGUUGUUGAAGUUGUGUGAUGUGAUGAAUCUCCCUAUUCUGCAAUUUUUGGACGUCCCUGGAUAUGCCAUUGGUACCGUUGCUGAGCGGACUGCGACAAUGCGCUGGGGUGUUGAGCUUGCCAAGGCUUACUUUAGCACCACUGUGCCAGUCUUUAACGUGGUGACUCGGCGUGUGUUCGGUGUUGCGGGCGGUGUCAUGUUAGGGUGUCGAGAUCCGGUUAUGCAGGUUGCUUGGCCUUCUGGGCAGUGGGGCUCUUUGCCUCUGGAUGGUGGCAUUGAGGUAGGUCAUCGACAUGAGCUGCGUGAGGCAGAGAAGGUCGGCAAGAAAGAGGAACGGUAUCAGGAGCUGGAAGAGGAAUAUCAACGAUUGAUGAAUCCUGUUCGCACUGCCAAUGCGUUUGGUAUCGAGGAGAUCAUUGACCCCAAGGACACGAGAAAGACCUGCUGUGCCUGGGCGUCCCAUGUUUAUGACUUCCUAAUGAGAGAGCGACUAGCUGAUCGGGCUUGUGGGAAGCUACAGCCUUCUUUUGCAUGA